AUGAUUGUCCCCUCACAGUUAUUAUCGCCCGUUUACAAGCGUCGCUUCCGUACUGCUGACAUGCAAAAUCGCUCGUCGCCAGAUGAAAGUAUAUGCGUAUCUUUCCCCGCGCGGCCUCUCUAUUCAAAUAUUAAAGAUGUCGCCGACUCCAUAUUGGCCAACCGCAUUCAACACAUUGUGGUAAUGACUGGGGCAGGUAUCUCGACAUCAGCGGGCAUACCUGACUUUAGGUCACCUGGCACAGGUCUAUACGCGAACCUAGAUAGUCUGGAAUUACCGGACGCAGAGGAUGUCUUUGAUAUCAGCUACUUUCGAGAAAAUCCCGUUCCUUUUUACACCCUAGCCAAGGAGCUUAAUCCUGGAAAAUUCCAUCCUACUGUUUCGCACUGUUUCAUAAACCUUCUGAACGAAAAGGCCCUGCUGAGCAUGUUAUUCACGCAGAAUAUCGACUGCUUAGAGCGAAAAGCUGGUAUUCCAAAUGAAAAAAUAGUGGAAGCCCACGGUAGUUUUGCCACGCAAAGUUGUAUCGAUUGUAAAACACAGUUCCCGGAUGACUUAAUGCAGACUGCGAUUGAAAAUGGAAAGGCACCUUAUUGUCUCACCCCGCAAUGUAAUGGAUUAGUCAAGCCGGAUAUUGUCUUUUUUGGUGAAUCUUUACCACUCUCAUUCUUCCUAAAUAGAGCUUCUAUUAGCCAAGCUGAUCUGGUAAUUGUCAUGGGUACUAGUCUAUCAGUCCAACCUUUUGCAAGUUUACCUGCUGGUGCGGGUAUGGAAAUUCCACGUGUAUUGAUAAACAAUGCAGUGGUAGGUGAUUUUGGUAGCAGACCAAACGAUGUUAUGAUUCUUGGAGACUGUGACGCAGGUGUUCUGGAGCUGGCUGAAGCGCUUGGAUGGGUCGACGAACUGAAAAGUAUUUGGUUUAGUGUCAGCGGAAUUUUCAAAGAAAAGGAGGCAGCUAAUCUCCAGAAAAAACAAGCUGCCAUGACAAAGGAUGAAUUGUUACACGCCGAAAUCCAAAAACUGACCGAUGAAAUUGAUACUUCCCUGAAGGGAUCACGAAAGCAUGCCGAUAGCACCUACAAGCUCUUGGAGUUGACCAGUAUCUCGAAUGAUAUUGCCUGCACAGAUGUUACUCAUGAGUCUAAGGGUGAUGAAAUAGCUACAGCUACAGCUACAGCUUCAUCGGAAUACUUAGACGAGGAUCCUUGA